AUGGACUUUUGGUCACGUCUCAUGAGCCCCCUCUCGUCGGGGAGCUCGCGCCAGGACCAAGCCAAGGACCCCGCGAAACGCCUUCAUAGGUUUGAGAAGGAAUAUGGGAAUCUCCUGACAACAUGGCGUACCUCGUCGAACCUCUCCCGCGAUAGCGAUGCUGCCGAAACGCUCGAGAUCCGCCUGCAGGAGCUCACCAACAUCCUCAGCGACGAGUCCAGACGACCCCUUCCGCAUCCGUGCAUUCAGUUUGCUUCCUCCCGCCAUAUCUACGUGCCUAUCGGGAAAAUCGCGACGACGUCGUACAACGAGUGGAUCAUCAAGGAAGCAGUUUUGUUCUUCGCGACGCUCAUCGAGAGUGAGGAGGAAGCUUUCGUCGAGAACACAACCUUCUCGGCAAGCUUGACCAAUCUUCUCGUGAGAAUCACCGGGCCCAACAGUGUGCGGUUGGGGCUGGACACCGAAUCGAGAGUGGUGGAGCUGGCGUUCAACAUCACGACCAAGAUUCGCCUCGCCCCUGAUAUUCUACCCGCCUGGUUCAAGGCCCAGGGCAGCCAAGAUGAGGGUAAACGGGACUCGCGAGAGAAAUUUGCGGGAAGGACGCAGAGGGCUGACUUUCCGCUCUUCUACAUCCUGAUGGAUUACAUCCAUCACGAGGGAAAGGUGGGCGACUUUGCGAGGACGGGUCUGCUGUACAUCAUCGAGGCCGCGUCGAGUUCGACACUCCUGGAGCAGUGGAUCGUGGAGAGCGACCUGUCUACACUCAUGGCGACUGGACUGGGGGCUCUAUAUAGUCAGCUGAGUCGGAAACUGGUGAUCGAUCACCUCCCUCAUCAACUGCCACCGAUCCUGGCCUUCUCCGACUACCAACAUCCAACAUCGAACUUCGAAGUCAUCAGCUCCUGCUCGUCCGAGUUUCAAUCGCACAUUGAGACUUUCCUGUCGCACCUCCUCUUCUGGCAGGACGUGCUGAACCACUGCAAGUCAGUGGAUGUCAAGUCGACGCUGCUGGAGCAUUUCCAGGUCAUUUUCCUGCAGCAGCUCCUGUACCCGUCGCUUCUCGAGUCUUCCGAUAUCGACGGAGGUUCGUCAGUGGCGGUCUUGACGUACCUACGUCGCAUCCUCGAGUCCCUCGAUCAUCCUGACAUGAUCAACCUCAUUCUGCAUUAUCUGCUGGCGCUACCGGAAGCGCCAGAUGCACAGAGCGACGAGCCUAGUUCCUUGAUCAGCAGUGCCAGGAAGCGCAAAUCGAUGGACCUGGCCACGAUGAUGGCGUCCAAAUCCGACACUGCCGUUACGCCUCUCCUGUUCAACCUGGUUGACCUCAUUCUGGCCUGCCUGCGAUCCAAGAAUCAGCAGACAAUUUACGUGACGCUUCAACUCGUGUCAGCCAUUCUCAAGAGGCACCAUCGAUAUGCAGUCAUGACAUUGCUCAAGACCGAGGUGCUACCUAGCCACGUGGUGCAUCGCACCAUUGGCGCGCAUGAGCAGGAGGUUGAGUACCUUUUGAGCUUGGCUGGGGCCGUAGGCGGCCAGGACAAUUUCGACGACGUCUACGACUCCCUCUUGAAGGAUACUAUGGCACGGCUCGAGAGCCAUCCAUGUUCGCUGAAGUUGGUGGCACCACACGUGGGAAAGAACCACAACCACAAGCCGGCUGCGCUAUCUGAUUCUCUACCAGGUGCACCGCGAGAAGUGCGUGAACAUACACUACGGCCAGAUGACCCUUUACUCAACGCCAUGCUUGACUUGCUCGAAACGUUCUUCUUGAACCCCGUGGAGACGAAUUUGUCAGUCACAGAUAGCCUGGUGGAUCUUGCAACAUGCGGCUACAUGAGUAUCGAAGGAUGGCUAGCUCGAAGCCCGCAUUCGUAUCAGUACGAUGAGGAUGAGGACGUUUCAGAAGAGGAAGCCUCGGGAGAUGAGGAUGCCAAACAAUCUCCAUCAGCAGAUGCUGCGAAGCUGACCACCGAGCCACAGGACGAGCAAGCAAAGUCGCAGAAGGAUUGCCGAUGCAGGCCACAAUGGAAUCAGCAGUCGCUGCCACGCUUGCUCCAUAUUGUCAAGCGACUCUGUGAUCAGGUCAUCACAUACAAAGAGACGGUCCCCAGGUUCGAAGAGCUCCUUCAGCAAAGACGUGAAGCUUUCCAUACCGCAGACAUGAUCCUGCACAGCCCCAAACCUCAACCUAGGGAUAUCCCAAUGACCCUCGGAACACCAGACCGUCCUAGUGACGAGUUCUCACGGAGCGGUUCCCCAUCAAGGCCGUCGGCGUUCGAGGGCCUCGCGCAACGUCUGCUGUCGGAACUUAGUACACCUAGUCGCUCAGGUAGCCCUCGAGGCCGCAGAGAGCAGAACCGUGGCAGCGGCAGCGGCAGCGGCUUAGCGACACCGUCACAGAGGGUGGACAACUACGGCACGGCGAGCCCACGCACGCUGCCCAUACCACCGCCGAAAGAGUUCCCCUUUCCCACACACAACGGCUACCGCACAGCGUCGCCGAGUCGGAUUGGAGACGACAUUGGGGUAGAUCUCGACAACCGGGGAGACAUGCAUCCGAGUCGCAUAGCGGACUUUGCUGCCGCCGAUCAGACCAUCCUGUCACAACGGAUAGGUCUCCCGGACAGGACAAUAGAUCCCAUUCCACUCAAGUUCAACAAAGCGCCCAUCAGGGAACCUGUCAGCGCGUCCAGGGAGGAUGAGGAGGACGAAGAUGAGUUCAGCAAGGCGGCUAUUGGCCCCGACGCGGACGAGAUGGAUGACGAGGACGGAGAUGAAGACAAGGGCGAGGAAAGCGAGAAUGGCGAGCCGCAGUCACCACAGGACCCGGAGACGGUGUCGGUCUCGCACGUUGUCACCAACGUCAUGAUCUUCCAGUCGUUUGUGUUCGAGCUGGCGAGUCUGGUGCAGGUGCGAGCGGGUCUCUUCAACGAGGUGCGGUUCGUGUGA